UCAACGAAGUGACAGUGAAUGGAGGAGUGGGUAAGCAGCCUACACAUGUAGCUCCAAAGCCAGCCAGUAAAUCAGUUCUUAGAAGCUCUGUGGAGAACUUGCUGGAUGAGCUAGAGGGGACUGGACAUCAGCCAGGGAGAUUUCCCCUGGAUCCGAACUACCAAGAACUGAGUACGGUAACCUCCAACCAUUCCCAGCAUCAGCACAAUUCACCUUACAUCACAGGGGUUUCUUCCUCAUCAUCAUCAUCUUACCACCAACAACAGAACACCUCGUCAGCUACCAGGGAGCUUGAUGAGCUCAUGAUGUCUUUGUCAGAGUUUAAGAUGCAGAACAAAGGAGGUGAAGAUUUGAAUGAACCUGCCUAUGCUAAACCAAUAAAGAGUCGAACAGCAUCGACCUCUAGCCCAACCACCCCACAUGGCAUGGGUCCAGGCUACCACCAGAUCCAAGAACAGAGGCAGCAGUAUCAGCAGCAUCAGCACCAUACACAGAGGGAGAAUGGGCUGGAUGUCAUGCUGGGAGACCUACAGUCAGACAUGAACCGACAGGGGGUCAACAUCAAGCAGAAGGGAGUCUGUGCAGCUUGUCAGAAACCCAUAGUUGGCCAGGUUAUCGCUGCUCUAGGACGAACUUGGCACGUGGAGCACUUUGUUUGUGCCCACUGUGAGGAGCCGCUUGGUACCAAGAACUUCUAUGAGCGGGAUUCUCAGGCUUACUGUGAAACUGACUACCAUCACCUCUUUGCACCAAGAUGUGCCUACUGCAACGGACCCAUUGUAGAUAAAUGCAUCACUGCCUUGGAAAAGAUGUGGCACCCCGAGCAUUUCUUCUGUGCCCAGUGUGGUCGUCCAUUUGGUGAAGAGGACUUUCAUGAGAAGAAUGGCAAAGCUUAUUGCAGGGAGGACUACUUCCAGAUGUUUGCCCCUAAAUGUGGAGGAUGUGCCCAGCCCAUCAUGGAGAACUACAUUUCAGCUCUCAAUAGACAGUGGCACCCCGAGUGUUUUGUUUGCUGGGAAUGUCGCAGCACGUUCGGAGCAGGUAGCUUUUUCGACUAUGAAGGACUGCCUUACUGCGAGACUCACUAUCAUGGCAAGAAAGGCUCUCUGUGUGCCAGCUGUGAGAGACCUAUCACAGGCCGCUGCAUCACAGCCAUGUUCAAGAAGUUUCAUCCUGAGCAUUUUGUUUGUGCCUUCUGUCUGAAACAGCUCAACAAAGGAACCUUCAAGGAACAGAACGAUAAGCCUUACUGUCAUCCUUGUUUUGUGAAGUUGUUUGGGUAA